CGGUGUGGGGGUGUCCUCCCUCCAUGCAUCCGUGCUGGGUGGGUCCCAGAUGUCCUCUGGGUCCUCAUGGGUCAACAGCUGAUAAGAUGGCUUCCAGAAGAGCCCCCCCCUUGUGCCUGAUCUGGAGGGAAGCACAGGAGGAACCCCCAUUGAGUCCAGGGGCCCAGGAGGAGCCCCAAAUCCGGGCUGGGAGGUGGAGUAGGAGGCAGCACCAGUUGGCACAGCUGUGUGGCUCCCAGGGCUGGGUGAUCGAUGGCCCCAGCACAGCCGCCUCUGUCGCCUGAGCACUCCUAUCUGUCAUCUACAUCUCGUGGGGUGGGGGACCAGGCAGGGAGAAGGGGCUGCUUUGUACCCACCAAGUCCAAGCUGGGUCUGCAGCCCCUUCCUGGGCCAGCUGCCUCCUUCCAAACUUGCAGCUCUUCUAAGCCUUUGCUGGCCCACACUCCACACCCAGGUUUGGCGAUGCUGCCCUGUGGGGCCCCAAACAUUUGGAAAGAUAGCCCUCCCCACCCCCUGGCCAUUCCUCUAAUAGAGAUGCCCACCUGGUGUUUGGUGGCCACAAGGGUAACUGCAGUGGGUAAAGCAUAAUCACCAUCAGGAAGGAAGGCUGUGUCCAGCAACUGCCCAGCUAUCCCCAGUCCUUCCCUGGCCAUUGUGAGGCACAGUGUGUCCACACUUGUGGUUUUGUAACCGUGUGUGAGUCCCUACAGUAUCUGCCUGUGUACUUGGGUGUGUGUGUACACAUAUGCCCUAACUCUGCUCUGGUGUACGAGUAGCCAUGUCCACCGAGUAGGGUAGGGCUGUGUGUGUGUGCCAGGCUCUCUGCACAUGGAGGCCUCCUGUGCAGAAUCGGCUUGCCAUGCAGAGGUUAUUCCUGCAGGGGCUGAACAAGGGCUUCUGCAACCCUGCACACGACACACACACCCAAAGCCUGUGUGUACACACACACCAUGCACCUCGCCCAGGCACAAGUGCUGGGGCAGUGGGCAGCCCAGGUGGCAGCCCAGAUGGAGUGUGGAGCAGUUUCCAAGCCAGCCUGUGUUGUGGGGCGUGGGGAGAAGAGGGUCUUGGCUGAGCAGGGCCACUGCAGGCUUGGUCAUUGACCUGCCUGAAGCCUCCCAGAUGGAGCUGGGCCGAGCAGGUGGCUGUGCUGAGGGGCCAUACUGUGAAGUUCACUCCCCCAGCCUGGGUUGGCCCCACGUGAGGCUGACUCCCCUCAGACAUUUCCCGUGCCCACCUGACACAAUGGUGGAGCAUCUCAGGCGUGUAGGCACACAGGCAGUGUUAACCAGACACUUGCGCCUCUGCUAGUACUGGGCAUGAAGCCCAAGGGCACUCUACCACUGAGCUGCUCCCCAGCCUUUUUUUAUUUUUUAUUUUGAGACAGGGUCUUGCUAAGUGGCCCAGGUGGGCCUGGAACUUGCGACCCUCCUGCCUCAGACUCCUGACUUGCUGGGAUCACACAGGUAGCCAUGGUGCCCCAGUCUGCCCACUAGCCAGCCACCAUGUCCCGUGAGGCUGGCUCGUGCCGUGUGGGAACUGGGGCCAGGGCAAGGUCUCGGAAGCCCAAGAAGCCACACUACAUCCCCCGGCCCUGGGGCAAACCCUACAACUACAAGUGCUUCCAGUGCCCCUUCACGUGCCUGGAGAAGUCCCACCUCUACAACCACAUGAAGUACAGCCUCUGCAAAGACUCCCUCUCACUGCUGCUGGACUCCCCAGACUGGGCGUGCCGCCGUGCCCCCUCCUCUCCCAGGCCCCACAUGUCUACCCCAGAUGGUUCUGGGGACCCCCCAAGCCAUAGCAGGCAGCCCACCGUGCCAGACGCCAUGGUCACUGACGGCCUUUCCCAGCGCCAUUGCAGUGAGGUCCCUAAGCCUGGGGCCAAGGGGUCUCCAGAGUCAUUGCCCACUCUGGCCAGGGCUGCUCAGAAGGGUCCUGGCCCUGGUAGGCUCCUGAUGGAGUCCUGGAAGCCAGAGCUGGGCAGUGGUACAAGGAGCAUGGCUGUAGGGGUUGUAGCCUCAACAGGCCCUGAGAGAAGUGUCCCCUGCUACCCACCACCCACCCCGGGUGAAUUCCCAGAGGCCCAGAGCGUCCACCUGUCACUGCUGGGUGUCAACUACCCUCUUGGCCCUGGCCUCUUCUCCUACCUGGGUCCAUCACUGGCUGCUGCUGCCCACAUGCCCUUCUUGGCCUCAGCCAGCCCUCUGCUGCCCCCCGCUGCCACCUUCCCCUCCCCACAGUCCCCUGAGCGGGCCGCCCCAGCCCCUCGCCUAUAUUAUCCUCUGCUCCUGGAGCAGAGUCUGGGGCUACCAGCUGGCAGGGCCGGCCCUGCCAAGCCCUCUAUGCCCCCUAAGGGACCCCCUGGGACUCUGGCUCCUGGGCUGCUGAAGGUGCCCAUUCCAGGGCUGGGGGGGGCCUGGCCCCAUGGCACCCCCAGGGAUCCAGGGCAGGAGGGAGACCCCCAGAGACAGCUGCCCCUGGGGAGCAGGCUGGAGCUCCAGAAGGCCUCCUCAAGCCUGGCGAAGUUUGGUUCCCAGAGCAGCCUGCCAUCAGGCUCCUCCCUGAUGCUCUGGCCUGAGGACAAGGAGCUGGGUGACCCCAAGGCCUCAGGUCCUGAGGUCCCCGUCGCCCAGCAGUCACAGGCCCAGGUGCUGGGAAGCCCAGGACCUGUGGGUGAGGACCUGACCCAGGCCCUCAGCGACUAUGCCAGGGUGGAACAGCACCUGGGGCAGUUGAUGCCUGUUGGGGGCCUGGCCCCCCAACCUCUGCGGGAGCAGCUAGGAAAGAUCCGUCGAGAGCUGCUCACCAUCCACCAGGCACUGGAGCGGGCAGCACGGCCACUGGACACACCUCUUGACCUCUCUGUGAAACGGGUGCCUGCCAAGGGACCUGAGGCACGAGCAGAGGCCUGGGAACUGCCUGAGCUGGGCCCCACACUGGCAAGGGGGACCCCUGAGACUCCCAGCAUGCUGGGCCACACAGCACCUGAGCCCUUCUCCAGCCAUACCACCAAGUGUGAGGCAGACUCCAGUGUCCCACCCCCCGGCCUUCCCCUCCAGGCCCAUGAGGACCCUGUCAUUCCUGGCCGUGGCUGGGGUACUUGCGUCCGGGCUGGGGGCUCCCAGACCCCUAAGGAUAUCCCUGGCCUGCAGAGCCCCACAGGUGCUGAGGUCUAACCACAGCCACAUAAGUGUGAUGGCCCUGCCCCUGCCCUGGGCCCCUUGCCAGGAGCCUGUCCAGCCUGUGCAUGUGGACAGACCCCACCAGCCUGUGACUGAGGCUGUCUCAGAGCUCUGUGGAAAUUGCUAGGUCAUGGUUAUUUAUUGAUCACAGUCAUAGACAUUAAAUAGAUACCACCUUCAAACACG